AUUGACCUGGUGCUGGACAGGAUUCGCAAACUGGCUGACCAGUGCACAGGCCUCCAGGGUUUCCUGGUGUUCCACAGCUUUGGUGGUGGAACCGGUUCUGGCUUCACCUCUCUGCUGAUGGAGCGUCUGUCUGUCGACUAUGGCAAGAAGUCCAAGCUGGAGUUCUCCAUCUACCCCGCUCCUCAGGUCUCCACCGCUGUGGUAGAGCCUUACAACUCCAUCCUGACCACCCACACCACCCUAGAGCACUCUGACUGCGCCUUCAUGGUAGACAAUGAGGCCAUUUACGAUAUCUGCCGUAGGAACCUCGACAUUGAGCGUCCUACUUACACCAACCUCAACAGGCUCAUUGGCCAGAUUGUGUCCUCCAUCACAGCUUCCCUCAGGUUUGAUGGUGCCCUCAAUGUCGAUCUCACCGAGUUCCAGACCAACUUGGUGCCCUAUCCUCGUAUCCACUUCCCAUUGGCUACCUAUGCCCCAGUGAUCUCCGCAGAGAAGGCUUACCAUGAGCAGCUCUCUGUGUCUGAAAUCACUAAUGCUUGCUUCGAGCCAGCUAAUCAGAUGGUGAAAUGCGACCCGCGUCACGGCAAGUACAUGGCUUGCUGCCUGCUGUACCGUGGUGACGUGGUGCCCAAAGAUGUGAACGCCGCAAUCGCUACCAUCAAGACCAAGCGCACCAUCCAGUUUGUGGACUGGUGUCCUACUGGUUUCAAGGUUGGCAUCAACUACCAGCCUCCCACUGUGGUUCCAGGUGGGGAUCUGGCUAAAGUGCAGAGGGCCGUGUGCAUGCUGAGCAACACCACAGCCAUUGCUGAGGCCUGGGCUCGUCUCGACCAUAAGUUCGAUCUGAUGUAUGCCAAGCGUGCCUUUGUGCACUGGUAUGUGGGUGAGGGUAUGGAGGAGGGCGAGUUCUCAGAGGCCAGAGAGGACAUGGCUGCCCUGGAGAAAGAUUAUGAGGAGGUCGGUGUUGAUUCUGUUGAGGGUGAGGGAGAAGAGGAGGGCGAGGAGUAUUAAAUGACAGAAUGAAGGGCAACAUGCAAGAACCAUGAAAUGGAAAAAAUCAAGAAGUGGAGAAUAACAACCAAUGAAAAUGAUGUUGUAACAAUUCUUUGCACAUCUGAAAUAAACCACCUUUUCAAACUAA